UUAAUUUUUUGUUAUAAACAGUUUGCAAAUGUUAGAUGAAAAAAUCAACAAAUUUGAGGAAAAAUGGCUAUUAUAAAAGUUGAGAAUGCUCCAGUGGUUUGGAGAUUUUUGAAUGGUGUAAUAAAUGUUUACAAACCAGCCUGUCUCACCGUACAACAAGUUCGGCAAACGAUUAUUGGAAAUCUUUGCAGAGAUCUCAACCAAAUGAAGGUAAGGCCACCCUUGCAGCGAAUUGCAAUUGAAUCGGUGGCGAAUUCGAAGUACAUUGUACGGCAGACCGAAGAUCUGUCUGACAACGUGCUGGUUGCUGGUCCCCGAUAUCAACCCGAAGAUGUUAAGGUCCGCAUGAGUGCCAACCACGGUCGUUUGACUAGCGGUGUACUAGUUAUAGGAAUCAACAAAGGUAUUAGCAUGGCUCAACGAAUUCAGGAGAAUCGUCCCUUGCGAGUGUAUAGGAUAACUGGAUUUCUAGGGAAGGCAACAGAAAGCCACUUCGAACGCUCAAGAGUGAUAGCAAAAGCCACGGUUAAGCACAUUGGAUCGGACAAGAUUGGACGUUUGCUGGCAGCAAUGCAAGCCUCACAUCAGAAAAAGAUGUUCGAACUGUGCGGAAUUGAUAUCCAGUCGCAGGCGGCAUACGAUAUGGCAGUGAAAGGAACAAUUCGACCGGCGGACAAUACGCAGCCUAUGAUCUAUGGCAUUAAAUUAGUUGAGUUUCGCAGACCGUUUUUCACUAUUGAAAUUCACGCAAUCAAUGAAACAGAAGCCUACAUAGGAAUAUUGAUUCACGAAAUUGGAUUGGGCCUAAAAUCAGUAGCUCAUUGCGUUGGAAUUCGCUGUAUUCGGCAUGGCCAUUUUGAUUUGGAGCAUUCACUGCUAAGAAAUAACUGGAAUUUACAGUCUAUUUUGGCUAGCAUGGCUCACACUAACCAGCUAAUUAAACAACAUCCCGAGAUUUUGAAUCAGUCAAUUUCCCACCUUACUAAUCUUGAUCCAAACCAAAGCAGUGAAUCAAAAACUAUCGGCGAUAACAUAAGUUAAGCUCGAGCUCGCUUUGCCAAAUUUGGUAAAUAUAUUAAGAAUGUUGAUUGUCUAACAUCACAGAACUUUUAGAUUAUAGAUCAAUGUUC